UACCCAUGGUGACUGACACGGUCUCCCAUGGUGACUGACAUUGACAUAUAGCCGCUACAUUUUCUGCUACUAAACAAGCACUCUGAUUCUAUAAUAUCUGUCUUAAAAAUCUAUUAAAUUGUUAACGUUUCAUGAAGACACUCGGAGCGACGGACUCAGUUUGUCGAGGGCAGCACCGCGCGUAAAAGCGGCUCUCAAACUAACAUUUUCCUAUCAGAGAAUUGCCUUUUAGAGGUAAAACUGGCUGAAAUGGAUGAGCAAAGUGUUGAGAGUAUAGCGGAAGUUUUCCGGUGUUUCAUUUGCAUGGAAAAGCUGCGGGAUGCGCGCCUGUGCCCUCACUGUUCAAAACUGUGCUGUUUUAGCUGCAUACGGCGAUGGCUGACGGAGCAGAGGGCACAGUGUCCCCAUUGCCGAGCUCCACUUCAGCUGAGGGAACUAGUGAACUGUCGCUGGGCAGAGGAAGUGACGCAACAACUAGACACCCUGCAGCUUUGCAAUCUUACCAAACAUGAAGAAAACGACAAAGACAAAUGUGAGAACCAUCACGAGAAGUUGAGCGUGUUCUGCUGGACCUGUAAGAAGUGCAUCUGUCACCAAUGUGCACUGUGGGGAGGCAUGCAUGGAGGUCAUACGUUCAAACCUCUGGCUGAGAUCUACGAGCAGCAUGUGACAAAGGUGAACGAGGAGGUGGCUAAGCUACGGCGUCGGCUAAUGGAGCUCAUCAGUCUGGUUCAAGAAGUGGAGAAGAACGUCGAGGCUGUGCGGGGAGCAAAGGAUGAGAGGGUGAGGGAAAUUCGAAACGCUGUGGAAAUGAUGAUCGCUCGACUCGAUAAUCAACUCAAGAAUAAACUCAUCACGCUCAUGGGACAGAAGACCUCUCUGACUCAGGAAACAGAACUUCUGGAGUCUCUCCUGCAGGAAGUCGAGCAUCAGCUGAGGUCCUGCUGUAAGAGUGAGCUGAUCUCAAAGAGUCCAGAGAUCUUGCUCAUGUUCCAGCAGGUUCACAGGAAACCAAUGCAGUCCUUCGUGACCACGCCUGUCCCACCAGACUUCACCAGUGAGCUUGUUCCUGCCUACGACUCGAGCACUUUUGUUUUGGCGAACUUCAGUACCCUGCGGCAGAGAGCGGACCCGGUCUAUAGCCCCCCUCUCCAGAUAUCAGGCCUGUGCUGGAGGCUGAAAGUUUAUCCAGAUGGUAAUGGAGUUGUGCGGGGAAACUAUCUUUCAGUUUUUCUGGAGUUGUCGGCAGGGCUUCCCGAGACAUCCAAGUAUGAAUACAGGGUGGAGAUGGUCCAUCAGGCCUCCAGCGACCCUACCAAAAACAUCAUUCGAGAGUUUGCUUCAGACUUUGAAGUGGGGGAGUGUUGGGGAUAUAACAGAUUCUUCAGGCUGGAUCUUCUUGCCAGUGAGGGAUACCUCAAUAUGCAGACUGAUACACUUGUGCUGAGGUAUCAGGUGCGAUCUCCCACCUUUUUUCAGAAGUGUAGAGAUCAGUACUGGUAUAUAUCUCAGCUUGAGUCUGCGCAAUCCAGCUACAUUCAACAGAUCAACAACCUUAAAGAGAGACUGGCUAUCGAGCUUUUCCGUCGGCAGAAGUCUCGGAGUUCCUCUCCUCCUGAUCGCCGUCUCUGCCAUACGGCUUCUUCCGGGAGGGACUCACGUCAGGGGAAGACUUCGUUACCAGAGGAGGGGAGUCAAGCAGCCUCUGUAGAGACGAAGGAAGAAGAGGAUGAGAAGACCCACCAUGAUGACUCAAAUGAGCUGUCUGAUGGAGAUCUGGAGGUGGACUGUCUGACCGGAGAUGAAGAUGUAAAUCCUUUGGACGGCAGCAGUACCUCUGGCAGUUCCACGGCCACCAGUAACACCGAGGAGAACGACAUCGAUGAGGAGACCAUGUCUGGUGAGAAUGACGUGGAGUACAGUGGAAAUCUGGACCUGGAGGAAGGUGAAUUACCUGAAGAUGUUGCCGGGGCAACAGGAGGUUCCAUUGCAGGUUCCCGGGGUUCAAGGCGUGGGGCAGGUGCAACCUCAUCCAGUCUCUUGGAGAUCGACCCGGUCAUCCUCAUUCAGCUCUUGGACCUGAAGGACCGCAGUCACAUGGAGUCACUAUGGGGAAUGCAGCCCCGCCCCCCUGUCUCUCUUCUCCAAACCCAAGCAGCUGCAGUAACGUCUCGUAAAGAGCGCGAGCGUCGGCCCCAGGCCGUGCGUCGGUCGGCUCCGGACUCGGGGGUCCUGAUCAGACUCAAGGCUCAGAUGGCUGAGGUCCGCAGUAAGAUGUCUGAUGUGAAAGGGCAGCUGGAAGCUCGCAGUGGAGCCAAUCCUCGGGUCUCCUCUCAAGGAGCCUUGAACCAUGAACAGGGUCCAUCUAUGGACUCGGAGAUGGGGCCUAGCCGCAAACCUAGUGAUGUGCUCUUCAAAGGACCAGUCUCGUCACGUCACUCCCGCAGUGGAGUGAAGAAGGCCAGUUCUCCUAAGCAGGAAAGCCUGGGAGCGUUGUCCCUGCGCAGGGCUGUGGAUGCUGGCGAAAAAGAGCUGAGAGGAGUUGGUCGAGAGUCACCAAUUGAACCAGCUCUCUGUCCCAGAGAGGGACCGUCCUCUUUGGAUGGCUCCCUCAAGCCUCGCAGUGUGCAAAGUUCUCCUCCCUCGCUGGGUAGCAGCUCCUCUUCCUCUGAUAAACCCCCUGGAUCAAAACAUGAGGAGCUGCUGUUCGGGUCUUCUGGUUCAGAGCUGUUUAGCGUCACUGCUCCAAAUGGAGCGUCUGCACUCGCCACCAAACAGCGCAGGACUCCAGCAGUAGGGUCUGGUCUGCUGAUGGACAGCUCGCUCAACUGUGACGAGGAGAGCGCCGGUGACAACCAUCAGUCACUGCUGUCACUAGCUGAGCCAUCAUCAUCUUCUUCCUCACGUCCUGAUGAAGGUGUCCUCUCUCAAAAGAAGCCCCAUCACACCCUGCCGAUCAUGAGCAGUGAUAGUGAGCUGGACUUUGACACGGAGAAUGAGAAUGAAUAUGAAGCUGUGGCUCUGGAUGCUGGAGACUGUCAGUUUGACAUCAGGACACUACCCUGCACAGGCGAGCAGCUGAUCACUGAGGAUCUAAGCUUUGUGACCGGAGAAACCACAGAGAGAUGAUCCACUACAAAUAUUGCCACAGUGUUACAAAAAUGUAUGGAAGUGACACAAACCUUCCCGUGUCAACAGGCACUGGAUGUGUUUUCUCUAUUUUCUUCUGCGUCUGUGCACUUUAUGUUCAGCUAGAACAGAAAAUGAAUGUUUAUAUGUCGUAUAUGUUAUAUCUUUUUGAAAUUGGAGAGAAGUGUUUUAUUUUUGCUUUGCGAAAUGCAUACCAUUCCAUUAUAAAGGUAAGGUUGUAAAAUUUAUGUGCAUUAUCAGAUUAGUUGUAUACAUUUCCUCUUCUUUGGCAAUGCUGCUUAUGUGUCAUAUAUAAAUAAGAAACUCUUUUGUUCGAGUCAAAUGACCAGGUGCUGCUCUUUAACUGUAAUUUAUAUACUUUUUGCUUUAUUCUUUGUGCUGUAUUUAUAUCUUUAAUACUACAUUUAUUUCUUAAAUAUAGUCCCCAGAAGCUAACUCCACUUGCAACCGUGAACAUAUUUAGCUUACGUAGUCCUCAAGCUGUAUAUAAAUGCAAUCAAGUUUACAUUAAAGCGUCUGCAAAAAGAAAAUUAUUUUUUUUUUAAUUUGCAGUGCGUUUUUAGCAUCACACUUCAGUUAUGAGCACUUCCACAGCCCAACAUUCCAAUUUCAUUUUUUUUAUUUUUUUCACACAUCUGUUAACUUAAGUAAGAUUAAGGCAAAAUAAAAUGCAAUUACACGCAUAAUGUGGGUCCAACUUAGUAUGUUUACCCCCAGGUUAUUAUAUCAAACAUUAGGACUGUCUGUAUUGUAUUGUUUGUUUGUUUGUUUGAUUAGGAGCUCGAUGGCAUUGCAUUGUUGACACGUGGUCUUUAUAGCAGUUGCAACUGGCAAAUUGCACAGUUUGUAUGCUGAAUACGUCAUGACUUCGUCUACAGCUGGGGAGUAAAGCAGAUGUAUUCAUUAUAGUUGCUAUUACAAUCUGAUGAAAGUUUCAAUGUUUCGUUAACAUACAGGAAUUAAUGCAAUAUUCCUGCUGUUUAAUCCUUAACAAUUCACUGCAGGUCAAUGAUUUGUGCAAAGCUGAACUGAUGUUUUUUUAUUCCUGCAUAUGUAAACUGCUUUCUCCCCCUUCUGCAGUUAAAAAGCUAUGACUUUCUAAUGCUGUUAUAUGUGAUGGUAUGUCUUUAUUGUUAACAUUUUUGUUUCAUAUGAGAACCGGGACGGUUGACUCAGAUUGUCGUUCUUGUUUACUGGUUUGUUUCUUUAGCAUUUUAAGCACAUUAGACUUAUUCUGGAAGAUACAAACAGUAUUUUACUGUAUAUUUAUCUAAAUUAAAACACGAACAAAUAAAUCUAAGUGUUAAUAAAAUGUA